ACUUUCCAUUUUCUACUUUUAGCUCUCAAUUCCGUUCCGGUACGAAAAUGACCGGAGCCCCAGCUCACCGGCCCCAGCUGCGUGGUCAACUUUCAUUGCUGCAAUUUGGGGUCAUCAUUGAAAUCAAUAAACGCUGCCAAAGUGGUUCAAAGUGCGAUUUUGAGGCACCACCAAGGGGCAGCAUGCUGCAGCGGCCGACGGAGGGAGGCAAACGGGCACUUUUCCUGCCCCAGACAAAGUUGAAAGAUUUCUCCCAGCAGAGAAAAGUUUGUCUGACCAGGUCAGAGAAUUGCGGCUAAAUUAUGGCCAAUGUUUGGAGAGGGUUUUUCUAUUUUUUUUCUUGUGGCAAUUUUCUGUCUCGUGGCAAUUUCUUCAGACGACAUAGGAUAUCAAGUUCACUCUUUCAUUUCCGUCGCCGUCGUGCUUAACUUUACAAUCAAUUCCAGACCUGAUUGCUCACUACACCCGGGCAUUUAAUAAUAAAACUCAAUUUCAUUUCGCUUCGCUUUGUGCCUCGUCUUACUCAGGGGCUUGGCCGGAAAUUUGAAGCCAAUUAAAAAUGCAUUCGACGGCAGCGCCAGGAAAUAAGUGGCCGGGAAAAAGAAAGAGACAAAUUGACAGGCGGGAGGAGAAAAAUGUGACACAGAGCCGGGCACUGUGGGGCCUGCCCCUGGAUACCCAAGAGGAAAAACGGACCAAGGACCCCCAGUCGAGGGAAUAUUCACUAAAAGAUGUCACCACCGAGCUUGACGAGGCUGGUGCAUUUUUCAUGGAAAUAAAUAUGAUUGCUCUGAUCUGUUCAAUCGGGCAAAUGGACAAAAUCGACUAUUUUAAUCAAAGUUUCGGGGUCGGGCCGCCACAAGGAGUAGCGUAUUUGGCACUGCCGGAAAAUCAAACCCUUGACGGGAGCCUUAAAAGGAUUGCAGUGCAAACAAAGGCAACGCUUUUAAAUCCGAAGCCCUCCAGGAGCUUUUUUGUUUUCGUUUCAUCCUCAACCUGUAACGGCAACUGUCGCCCGGACGAUGGCAGCACGCAUCGAGUGUGAAUGAAGUGCGCUCUUGGGCGCUUUGCGGCGUUUUGCCGGAGUAGGAAAUGAAAAACAGCGGAAUAAUACACAGCACAGAAAUGCCGCUCCAAAUGUUGGAUUUUUUUUUUGUUUCAACACACUUUUCUAUGACACUUGGUGGCUGGUAGGGCGUGGGCACAGAACGGGUGCUGUUUGUCGAGCAGGUUGCCUAAUGGCAAGCGACCGCAGGUGAGAGAAUAGGUCCACAUCGGGCGAUACCUUAGAAACUUAAAGAUACACAUUACAACCAAGGACUGAAGAAACUACAACAAAUAUUAUCACCAUUUAUUAUGAACAAUUAUAAUCACCAAGAAUUAUUAUUUUAAUAUUUAAAUGUCCAAUAUACCCCACAUGUCCCACUAGGAAUGAGCUCCACAGAAACUGACACUUUGUAAUUAUGUGAUGCCGUUUUCAGCAGCUAAAAGCUGUGCGUUAGCCUCCUCCAUAAUGUGGUUGAAGCUUCUGCCUUUGGCCAAGUCAAGAGCAGCGUUCAAGGUAAACAACAAGAGCGGGCUAGACGAUGCUCUAGCUUUAAUUGCAACUCCCACAGAACCCGGAGGGACGCUUAAAGCAGCUCUGCUUUCCACAGACAGCCCGAAUGUUGUGGGAAUACUCAACGACCGGAUAAGAGCAAGAAAGCUUACCUCGCUUAUUUUGCUUCAAGGGCUUUAUUUUCUACACAUACCUUGGUCUCAGCUGCCCAUAAUCAAUUUAGAUGCUUCCAAUUCCGGGUGUAUGUGUUUGAGCAUAUCCUUUCAUAACUGGGGCUGCAACUUCUUCGAACAAAACGGCCCUGUGCCUGGGGACAGAAAAUGCAUCUUGGCCCGGCCAGCUGGCUUCAGAUCCUAGGACUUGGACUUGGCUGGGCGGAAAGCUGGAUAGCUGGAUGGCUGACUGCUUGCCUGCCUGCCUGGC